AUGGCGGCGGUGCGAGCGCAAUCGGCGGCGGAUUCUGUGGGGGUGGAGCGGCUAGAGAUAACGCAGCCCGACGACUGGCACUUGCACGUGUCUGUCUUCGUCUUAGAGAAUCGCAUGCACAAUGCAUGCACACCAUCCCCCUCCUCUCUCCCCCUCUUGUUCCCCCUCUUCCCUCCUGCUCCCCAUUUCUUCCCCUCUCUCCCCCUUUCUCCACCCUUCCUCCACCCUUCCCACCCUUCCCCUCUUCCCCUCCUCUUCCCCUCUCCCCCACCUACCCCUCCUCCUCCCCCCUACCCCCUUCCCCGCAGCGCGGCCGUCUUCCACCGAGCGGUCAUCAUGCCCAACCUGCGCCCACCGGUCACCACCGCACUGGCAGCAGCAGAGUACCGCGAGCGGGUGCUGGCAGCGGUGCCAGAGGGGAGGCGAGGGGAGGAGGGCUUUAAGCCGCUCAUGACGCUGUACCUUACAGAUGACACCACAGCGGAAGAGGUGCAGAGAGCAAAGGACGGGGGUCUAGUGGUGGCGUUCAAGCUGUACCCCGCGGGAGCCACAACCAACUCAGCAGCGGGGGUGACGGACCUAUUUGGCCGCUGCUUCCCUGCGAUAGAGCACAUGGCGCACAUUGGCAUGCCGCUGCUGCUCCACGGGGAGGUGGUGGACCCAUCAGUGGACAUGUUCGACCGCGAAAAGGAGUUCAUCCAUCAAGUUCUCUCGCCUCUCCUAGCCCGCCUGCCCUCCCUGCGAGUGGUUCUCGAGCACGUCACCACCGCAGAUGCAGUCGAGUUUGUGUUGAAAGCACCUGAGGGGCGGGUGGCUGCUACAGUGACCCCGCAGCACCUGCUGUGGAACCGCAAUGCGCUGUUCACGGGAGGCAUCCGUCCCCACCACUUCUGCCUGCCUGUGCUCAAGCGAGAAACUCACCGUCAGGCCAUUGUCGCAGCAGUGACGGGCGGCAGCACUCGUUUCUUUCUCGGCACCGACAGCGCGCCUCACGAGCGCACCACUAAGGAGGCGCCAUGUGGCUGCGCCGGGAUAUUCUCUGCCCACGCCGCCCUGCCCCUAUACGCCCGAGCAUUCGAGCAAGCAGGCGCACUGGACAAGCUAGAGGCAUUCACCAGCUUCAACGGCCCUGAUUUCUACGGCCUGCCUCGCAACUCCCGCCGCAUCACUCUCAUCCGCCAGCCGUGGGCCGUGCCUGACUCGUACCCGUAUGGGGAAGGCAAUGGAUCUCUCGUGCCCAUGCUGGCAGGCGAGCAGCUAGACUGGCAGCCGUGGGCCGUGCCCGACUCGUACCCGUAUGAGGAUGGCAAUGGCUCCCUCGUGCCCAUGCUGGCAGGGGAGCAGCUGGAGUGA